GCGAUUUGGGCUCGGCAACAUAUGGACCGACAGUUGGACGCGAGGGAUCGUCACUCGCGCAUGGAGGAUGAUGAACGGCAAGGCUGACUAGAUCUGAAAAUGCCCGAGGCGCAUUCCAUUCUGCCCGAAAGAACGAGCGGUGGGAAGCAUUGCGUACUAUCCGCGGUGUGUGGCUCGGAUGAGUUCAUGUCGUUGAUGAGCAUAAGCGACCUGUGGCACGGACGCACGGGUACGGAUUGCCAACCCGGGACAAGAUGUUGCCGCCUUCGGGUCCACAUUGUUCCGGCCCGGGCAACUUUUCGAGAUCGCGUUACGAGCAUCGACUCUCAGCACAGAGCUGGUCGACAUCACGAGAUCCGCCGGUUCAGGCGCAACCACCACCAUGUCGGCUCCUCGCAUUAGCAGCAUGCUGCUCUCGCGCGCACCGGCGCCUCGCGCCUUCACAUCAACGCUCACCAUGCGGCCUCUGACAACAUCAAGUCGACUCCUCGCCAAGGAUCGCCCUGUCCGUCACAAUCCUCUGGUCGGGAACUACACUCCUCCCAAACCGCAGACCGCAACGCCGACGGAGGAGCCACUCGUCAGCACCGAGAACCCCCAAUCAUCGGAACCGCCCGCGUCGAGUGCAGAAGUCCCCCCCAACGCCGACAUGCCACCGCCUCCUCCGCCUCCCCCGUCCGCCGAAGCUGCGACGAAUGCGAAGCCCGGAGAGUCGACGAAGCCAGCGGCUCCCUCGCCUUUUGCCUACGACGCCACCCGUCACGUCGACAUUCACAAAAUCGUCUCGGAGAAGAUGGAGCCGCUGGUGGCUACCACCUCGGCAGACCCCCUGAAGCAGCCGCGCAUGCGCACCGCUCCCGUCGCCGGACGCACCGUCUUUGUCGACCAGUCGUUGGGACUACCGGCUGCUCUCAAGGCGCUGCAACGCCUCGUGUCCCUGAGCAAGAUCAAGCGGCUCGCUACUCAGCAGAAGUUUCACGAGCGACCAGGCAUGAAGAGGAAGAGGCUGAGGAUGCUCAGGUGGAGGAAAAGGUUCAAGGAUGGUUUCCAAGCGACGACGAGACGGGUGCGCGAGAUGAAGAAGCAAGGCUGGUGAAAAAGGGGUGUGCGAGCGCGUACACGUGUAAUACUGUACAUUAAAGGAGGGACUUGUUAGAAUAC